AUGGGUGGCUACGACGACCUCUUGGGCGACGGACGGCUGCUGAAGCGCGUCGUCGCCACUGGCGCUGGCGACGCGCCGCGGCCCGGAGGCACCGUGGCAGUGCGUUACGAAACGCGCGUGGUCCGCGAGGCCGGUGACGCCAUUGGAAAGGUUGGAGAACUCGGAGAAGUCGGAGAACUGAUCGAUUCUUCAGGGGAUGAACUCUUUGAUUUCACCCUGGGUUCGGAAGAUGUUUUGGAGGCUUGGAACUUGGCAAUUCCCACCAUGAAACCCAACGAACGCAGUGUGUUUCUGGCACAUCCUAGUCUGACUUAUGGAGAAGAUGGAGCUGGAGAUGACAUCCCACCGGGCGCAUUGUUGGAAUUCACCAUUCAUCUUUUCCCAGCAAAGGUGGAAGCCACCGCGCCAAAUGUGGAUGAAACGGUUGGAAAGAGCCUUGGAGCCGGGAAGCUGCAGAAAUCCAAGGAAUCGGUGCAAAUGCAGCGUCUCAGAAGGGCGACUGAAGCGAAGGAACGAGGAAAUCAGUUGACGCGGAAUGGAGAGUUUCACGCUGCACGGAAAGCUUACAAAGAAGCCUUGAUGUUGCUGAAACCUAUUGAGAGUGAUGGUGAAGUGGAUGUGACCCAGCAGAUGUUUGAGGAAAUGCACCAGCUGCGGCUCUCGUGUUUUUUGAACUUGUCACAAUGCGAUUUGAAAGUGGAAGAGUAUCCGAGGGCCAUCUACAGCGCCACGAGCGCCCUGGAGCUGGACAGUGGGAACUGCAAAGCGCUGUACCGCCGGGGUGUGGCCCAACUGCGGCAGGGCGCCGUGGAGGAGGCGAAGGUGGAUCUGUUGAAGGCCUUCCAGGCAGAUCCCAACGCAGAGAUUCGAGCGCGACUGGAAGAGUGCAGAGAGAAGCUGGCAGCAAGUGCCCAAUGGCAUAAGAAUGCAUUUGGAGGAAUCUUCCACAAAGCACCUGAACAGCUUGCUCGGGAUCAUGACCUCUCUGUACUGCCUCAAGUAUGGUUGGAGAUUCAGAUUGGAAAUGGCCCAAUAUAUCGGCUGAAUAUCGCUUUAUAUAGCGAUACAGUUCCUCGCACCGCUGAGAAUUUCCGUUGUCUUUGCACCGGAGAGCGCGCUGGUACAAAGGGCCUUCCAUUGAGUUUCCGCCGCAGUGUGGUGCAUAAGGUCAUUCCUCGUAGCCUCGUGGAAGGGGGUGAUAUCACCAAAUUUAACGGCACUGGAGGAGAAUCCAUCUAUGGCCCCACAUUUUCCGAUGAAGGUUUUCAAGACCUGCACCAUAAACGUGGUUUACUUUCAAUGGUGAACCAUGGCCCCAAUAGCAACAGCUCCAAAUUCAUGGUGACUUUGCGAUCUCUGCCGGAGUUUGAUGGAAAAAAUGUGGUUUUUGGCGAAGUUCUGUCUGGAUUGGAUGCAUUAGAUGCGAUGGAGGCGGUGGACACGGAAUACCCUGACUGGCCCAAAACGCAGAUCAUGGUGGUCGCUUGCGGUGACAGAAGAUCCUGA